GUGCCCCUCCCCCAAUGCCCCUCCCCCCGCGGUGCAUUGUGGGUCUCUCUGCGGUCCCUUCGGAGCGGGAUUUGAGGCGGGAAAAGAUGCUCCUUUGGGUCUCCGAUUCGGGGCAGAAGAUCGGAAUCUUUAUUCCAUUCCUGAGGAAACGACGUCCGACGCUGCCGAGGAGCUGCGAGAACUGCGCCCGGAGGAGCUCCGAGGACUUCUACCGCGCGGAUUUGGGCUCUCUCGGCUUCCGCGACGCUCUCCGAGUGACGGAGGAGAACACCCGAUAUCGCGGGUGGUUGGUCCGAAGGAUUUGUGGUUUAAUCGCUGUCUCCGGAUGGAAAAUUCCCGUUGAUGUAUCCCAAGAUCUCCCGGAGCGGAUCUGGAACAGCAGAAGGAUUCGGGAGAUCACUUCCGGACGAUCCUUUGCUUCCGGAGGGGACAACGAUUCCCAGCGGCGUUGGAAGGAGAAAGUCAUGGAGCUCUUGGCUGAAAUCCACUCUCCGCUCUCCUUCUUCCUCCUCAGGUUUUGCCAUUGGAUUCUCCUGAAGGUCCUCAACCGCCUCCUGGUGAACCUCCAGGUGCACCGCGGGCAGACGGCGACGGCGCUGAGGGCCACCGCCACGUCCAAUUCUCCGCUGGUUUUCCUCUCCACUCACCGAUCCCAACUGGAUGGACUCCUCCUCUCCUUCGUCGUCUUCUCGCAGGGAAUGGGAGCGCUCCGGGUGGCGGCGGAUGAGCGGCUUUGGAGCCGGAACCUACGAGCUUUCCUCAAACGUCUCGGAGCCGUUUUCCUGCCGGCUCCGAAGGAGGAGAGGCGGAAAGAGGAGGAGGAAGCGCUCGCCGACGCCGUUGCGGCCGCGUACGUGGAGGAGGUGCUGAGGAGCCGCCAACCCCUCCUGAUCCUCCUGGAGGAGCCGUCGGCCUGGCGGCGGCUCUCGGCGCGGGCGCGGCGGUGGUUGGCGAUGGUCCUCGGAGCCGUACGGGACGGCGCCGUUCCCGAUGUCCUUUUGGUCCCGGUGGGAAUCUCCUACGACGUCGUUCCCGGUGGUUUCCGAGGAGAAGGUCUCUCGCCGUUGGGCGUCGGAGGCUGCGUCGGAGCCGCCGCUCGCGCACUCCGGAGGAGGUUCGGCUGCGCCCGCGUGGACUUCGCUCAACCCUUCUCCUUAAAGGAGUUUGUGUCGCGGCUGCGGCCGUUCCCCCCGGAGCCAUCGCCGGAGGAGCUGUGGUUCCCCUCCGCCCUCGGCGCCGCCGCUCCCGACGGACAAACGGCUCCGGAACCGCCCCGGGCGGAACAGGAGGAGACGGAGGAGACCUCCAUCGGAAUCCACUGCCUCUGCGACGCCAUUUCCUGUUCCGCCAUUUCCUCCGUGGGGGUCACUGCGGCGCUGCUGCUCCACAGACACCUCCAGGGAGUGCUCUUCUCGCGGCUGAUGGUGGACUUUGUGUGGCUCCUGGAGGAGAUCCUCCUGCGCCAGCGCGACGUCGGCUUCUCCGGGCGGCUCCGAGCGGUGCUGGAGCACAGCCUGGGCCUCCUCGGCCCCCGCGUGGCCCUCCGGCGCCUCUCCGCCCUCGGAGACGCUCUGGUGCUCCCGGACGACUCCGUGGAGGCCGUCCGGGAACUCGGAUACCACAGCGACGCCGUCGUCACCGUCUUCGGAAGCGAAGCCGUGGGAGCCUGUGCCGUGCGUGCGGCGCUGUUGGAGCUUCUCCCGUUGGUGCCGUCCUCUCCGGACGCCGUCUCCGCCGUUAUCCUGGGUGAGAAGGAGCUCCACCGGAAGAUCCUGGAGCUGCUCCGGCUGCUGCCGACGCCCCUCGUGGGGCUCCAGCCGUGUCAACCGCCGGAGCUCCAGAGCCGCCACGUCCUGGAAAAGCUCCUGCUCUGCGGGAUACUGGAGCCGGAAGAGACGGAACCCAAACGGCGCCGCUGCGAUUUGGCGCCGUCGUUCCGAGAGAAAUGGGACGGAGAGAGCGGAGAGCGCAGCGACAGCGACGGCGACGGAGGGGCCCCCGAACGCUGCUUCAGGCUGAGUGAACCCCAGGGGUCCCCCGGCUUUUUCCGCUUCCUGUGCCGCCUCCUGCACCCCACGCUCCGCACCUUUUCCCGCGCCGCGGCCUUCCUGGAUCGCCCCACGUGGCCCCAACCCGAGGAAGCGUAUGUGGAAGCGCUGAUGGACUUCCUGGACGAGGGGGACGGCUUUGUCCUUCCCACCCGGACUUUGGCUCUCGGCUCUCUGCAGUCCUUCAAGAAUUUGGGGGUGUUGGAGGAGCUCCGGAGCGCCGCGGGAUCGCAGCUCCGUCUCUCCGAGCUUUUCCGCUCCGAUGCGAGGAGGGAGAGGUUGAGAGCCUUUAUCCAACGUUUCACCGAUUAAAAGAAAACUCCCGGAGAGGAAAACUUCUUCCGAUGGGGAUUUAUUGGGAUUUGGGGGAUCCCAAAGUGGGAUCCGAGCCGGGAAAAUCGGGAGAAGGGGG